CUCCAAAAUUUCCAGUGAUUCGCGGCCAAAGGAGGCAAGCCAGGGCCCAGCCGAGCCGGCGAAGGAAGACAAAGCGUCGAGCCCCAAAACGGCUUCGGGGACCGGCACGGAACACGCGAAGUAACACGUGUUGACGGUUGAAGAAAAGAAACACAAAACUAUUGAGUGCCACCAUGAACAUAGAAAUCUCAAGACUAACGAUGGCCAACGCAGAACACGGCACGGAUCAGGCGGAUCGCGGUAUGCGGAAGGAGUAUUUCAACAGCAGCGGUGCGGGCAAGUUUCUGCCGCCGGUCUUCAAACUGCUCGAGCUGGCUGUCGCUAUCGUGUGCAUCGGACUGAUCGAUGAUCCGGCCCACAACUCACGACUCCGGGUGUUCAUCUCGACGCGAACCGUGGCACUGGCCUACGGCACCUUCGUGACGUUCCUCGUCUUCUCGGUGGUCUAUCUGUUCGGGAAGGUUGUCCGGGACAACUUCCCGUGGAAACUGAGCUCUUUGCUGAAUCUGACCGGUUUCAUCUUGUACCUGGCCACCGCUGCCUGCAUUCUUAGCGAUUGGUCUGCAACGAAGAACCGCAACUAUUGGCCACCAAACACACAGAGAAUGGAUUUCCUGUGCGGUGCUGGAUCGGUUGCAGUAAUCGGAGCAAUGUUCUACUUGCUCGACCUAAUUGUCACCGUGCGGCUGGGAAUGAAGGGAGAGAUCGAGUGAGGCGACCCAAUGCCGGGAGGAGCGACGUAUUUUUCGAACGUUUUACCUUUUUCUAGCAACAUAAGCACAUCGUUGAAAUAUUCUUCCUUACCCUAGGCAAUAAGCGUGAUCGUUUUUCUUUCUUUUUUGACCAACUGUACAUAUCAUACCGAGCAACACCAGCAGAUCGCAAGGCACCUGAUGGCCCGAUACAUUGGCCCAGUGACCGUUGGUCUACAAUUGACAAUGUUUCCGUCCAGAAAACAGACAGUAACCGGAUUCAAACCAUUCAAACGUUACCAUCACAAUGCAACUGGAAUCUCGUACAUUUUUCACCAACGCACAUGUGUCAUUUACGGCAUUGGACAUUUUCUCAGCUUAAGAACUUCUUCAAUUGGAACAUCACAAACAUUUUCGAUUUUAAGUUUCUAAGUUGCAACCAUCGGUUGGCAUGUUAUAGAUGAGUGAAGAACUAAUCUACCAAAUAUUAGAACGUAAGAAGCCGAUGCCGGUCCGCCGAUAGGGGCACCGCCAGCUGGUUUCCGUUUGUCAAGCAUCCUAAUUUAUAACGCAAAACCACCGUAGGUUGGAUAAGUUUUUUUAAAUAAACAUAUUCUAUGAAGCAAAGAGACGGUCCCUGGACGCGCGCACUGGCGACUUGUAAAACGUUGGCCCAGGUUGUCGAUAGUUGGCAUCACAAAGGGCGGCGACAGGGAGGCUCGAGUAAGUUUCUCUUCAAAAGCCAUAGUUUGAAGGACACAAAUUAGAAUUUAAGAAGAGAAUGCCACGAACAAAAGGGUUUGCUGCUUGAAGAAUGCAUUGCCCGCCGUUGCGUUGGUUUUUUUGUUCAUCCACAACACCAUCCCGAAGUGUAACAUUAAGAAAAAUAAAUCUACAUUU